AAGAAAAAAACAAUCGCCGCCGCAGCCACAGCCCCAGGCAACCGCAACCUACGCCGGCACGACGCUCUCCGCCACAGUCUCCCGCCAGCAUACCUCUAUCGUAAACGGUCCUGCAACAUUUCUUUCUCUUUCAGUCUUCUUCUGUUCGUCGCCGACGGCCCUCUGCAUUCCGUUGCUCGUCGACUAGGUCUCGUAAUCCCGCCAUCUCUCUACUGCUGAAAUCGAAAGGAUCGAUUCUUUUUCUUCCUUUCUUUUUUUUUUUUCUCGUGCAUUCUGAUUUCUUCAAGUAAAAUCGGAAUGAGUUCAAAUUUAAUCUAAAACGCUUACAAAUUAAAACUCAUUCCAAAAUUUGUUGGAACAAAUUAGGAUUUCCAAAUCAGAUUGAAUUUCAAAUCAUUUUUAUUUUUAUAUUCAAAUCAAACACCGGAAAUGAUUUCAAAUCCGGAGCCUAAUUCUCUGAGAAUUAGGGACUCCAUGCUAUAAAAAUUCUGCUGUCUUAGCUGCUUUCUGCUUUUGCUUUGUCGAGCUUUGCAGCGGGGGGUUUGAAUGUCGAUGGGAAGUGAUACCACAUGGGUUGGAAAGAAACCUCUGAGGCGAAUCGGAGGAAUGUCCGAUGCCCUCUCAAUUGCUGCCGAUCUCGGUUUCUCUGUCUCUCUGCCUUCACAGGAAGACCUGCAAAAUAUAUCUUCUGGUACUGGUGAGCAGGGUGAUGAUGUAAUCAGAGUUUUACGAGAGCUUGCUGCUGUUCAAAGGAAAAUAGCAGAUCUUCAAGUGGAACUCCAAGGCCGUAAGGAUCGUAUAAUAGCUCGUCUUCAGCAACCGUAUUCAGUUGAUUGCAUUCCAGUGGAAUCUGAAUUUCAGAAACAAUUUUCCGUGUUGUUGAUGAAGGCUGCUAGUGAUUAUGGAGCUUUGACAGCUUCAGUUGCAGAUCUCCAAUGGAGUCAGAACUUUAGGGAGUCGCCUUCAGUGUGGGGGGAAAUGCUUAGGCCCAUCCCUGUAGCGUCAGCUUCUUGCACUGGAUUCUUUGAAGCCAUGAGUGCUAUGAGGGAGUCCUUUGCAACGCUACAGAAUCUCCUAGUAGGUAAUCCGAAUCCAUCUUUGCCUACGCCCCGACCCAUCGAUCCAUCCCUUCGUGUCGUAGUCGAUUCGAACUGCAUCACACCACCUCCAUGGCAAUCCCAAUCGAGCUUUGAUGAAUUGGCCAUCAGAAGCCUCCAUAGGCAAGAAAAUUGACAACAACAAAAUGAAAACGAAGAACACAUUGAUCAAGAUCACUCGCAUCAUGUCGAUGGCUCGAGCCAUCGUAGAUUGUUAUGGGCCCCUUUGAGUGGCAUUUGAUCUGAAUCUAAGGCCAAAGCUAAUAUCUUUUCUUGUCCAUUGAUUUAAGGAUUAUCGUUUUAUGUUACGUAAAAUAUUGGUUAAAUCGAUCUCAAAUGUUGUAUACAAAUAUCAUUUGAUUAAUAGAGUGAUUUGUUAAUUUUUUAUAAUAA